AGCUUAAGCAGACAGCAAUGGAGGUUCCAAUAGAGGCAGAAAGCAGUAGUUUCAACACCUAUUUCUGUCUGCUGUUGGCUAAUAACAUUCUUCAAGAAAAGGGUGUUGAAAAUGGAUCAAACACAGUGAUCUCACCAUUUUCAUUCCAUCUUUUGUUGAGCUUGAUUGCAGUUGGAUCCAAGGGACGUACUUUGGAGCAGCUAUUCCACUGUUUAGGAUCCAAAAGCCUGGAAGAUAUCAAUUCACUAGCUUCCCAAAUGGUUGAUCUGGCAUCACCAUUCAAUGAAAGCAAUGGGGCUUCCAUUGGUGAACCAGACUUGUCCUUUGUUAAUGCGGCUUGGGUUGCUCAAAGCUUAAAGCUGAAACCUUCUUUCCAAGAGAUUGUAGAAGGUGUCUACCAUGCCAUUGCCAAAGAAGUUGACUUUGCCAAUAAAGCUGAACAGGUUGUAGCUGAAGUAAAUGCGUGGGCCGAGACUGCAACAAGAGGGCUCAUCAGGAACCUUCUCACAGCUGAGGCCUUGAAGGUUAUAAAUGAAUAUACAGCUUUGAUACUUGCAAAUGCACUUUACUUCAAAGGAACAUGGGCUCAACUAUUUGAUACAUCAAAAACUAAACAAAGGGUCUUUCACCUCUUAGAUGGUGAAAAAGUUCAUGUUCCUUUCAUGACUAGCAAUAGAUUUGAGCGUUAUCUUUACAACGAGUUUGAGGAUUUUAAAAUCCUCAAACUCCCUUACAAAACUAGUCAACCCAUUAGAAAAUUCGCCAUGCAUUUCUUUCUACCAGAUGCAAAAGAUGGCUUGAAGAACUUGCUACAAGUGUUCAAGUCCAACCCUGAAUACUUCAACAAGCGAUUCGAUCUCGUCAACCGGAAAAUUUCCGACUUCUGGGUUCCGAGAUUCAAGUUCGAGUUCGAGUUUGAAGCAUCGGAGGCGAUGAUCAAAAUGGGACUAGACCUACCUUUUAAUAGAAGAAAAGCAGAGAUUACUGAAAUGGUAGAUUCGGUUACUGAACCUCUAUUUGUGAGGAAGAUGUUUCACAAAUGUUUCAUUGAAGUGAACGAGGAAGGAACCGAAGCUGCUGCUAGCACUGCAGUUAUAAUCGAACAGCAGCAGCAGUCGGUGUAUCCAAAUCCAAGCUUUGUAGCGGAUCAUCCUUUCAUGUUCAUGAUCAAGGAAGAGAUAUCUGGAGUUGUGUUCUUUGUUGGAGCAGUGCUCAAUCCCUCGUUGGACUCCUAAUAUCAAACAAAUGGGUUAAGAAUGUAAUAAAAUUAAGAAACAAUUUGGGGGCAGGGGAUUUCUAUUCAUCAACUACUGCUUAUAUUCCAAUUUUCAUUAAUUACAUGUUGCAAAAGCAUCUCGUUA